GGGUGCUUGUUGUUGUCCGGACAGAGGAGGCAGAGGUCGCUCGCUCUCUUGCUCGCUAGCUGGGUAGAUUGGUGGCGGUCGGCAAGCAGGUCGGUCGCGAUAGUCGGGCGCCUGCGGGGGAGAGGCUAUGUCGCAGUGGCAGCCCGGAUGGGCCGGCAAGGCCGGGAGUAACGGGAUGUCGCCGCGGAGCUUCUUCCCCCGGAUACAGUACGGCCCGAGCGGAGGCCGCGGCGCCGCCCUCCGGUCCUGAGGAUCCCGCGCUGUCCGGAGCCCGCACCGCCUUUUCACCCGCAGCGACGCCAACCGACCCGACCCGACCCGACCCGGUCUGGCCCUGCCCGGUCAGAGAGCGCAGCGCAAGCAGGCAGCACUAGCCCCUCGCAGCACAGGACCCGCUCCCAGAGGACAUGAAGCUGUUGGAGAACUCCAGCUUCGAGGCCAUCAACUCACAGCUGACUGUGGAGACUGGAGACGCCCACAUAAUCGGCAGGAUCGAGAGCUACUCCUGCAAGAUGGCGGGCGACGACAAGCACAUGUUCAAGCAGUUCUGCCAGGAGGGCCAACCGCACGUGCUAGAGGCACUGUCCCCACCCCAGACCUCCGGCCUCAGCCCCAGCAGACUGAGCAAGAGCCAAGGUGGCGAGGACGAGGGCCCGCUCAGCGACAAGUGCAGCCGCAAGACCCUCUUCUACCUGAUCGCCACGCUCAACGAGUCUUUCCGCCCUGACUACGACUUCAGCACGGCCCGAAGCCAUGAGUUCAGCCGGGAGCCCAGCCUCAGCUGGGUGGUGAACUCGGUCAACUGCAGCCUCUUCUCGGCCGUGCGGGAGGACUUCAAGGCCCUGAAGCCCCAGCUGUGGGACGCCGUGGACGAGGAGAUCUGCCUGACUGAGUGUGACAUCUACAGCUACAACCCAGACUUGGACUCAGACCCCUUUGGGGAAGAUGGCAGCCUCUGGUCGUUUAACUACUUUUUCUACAACAAGCGGCUUAAACGGAUUGUCUUCUUCAGCUGUCGCUCUAUCAGUGGAUCCACGUACACACCCUCGGAGGUGGGCAAUGAGUUGGACAUGGAGCUGGGGGAGGAGGAGGAGGAGGAGGAGGAAGAACUCAGAGGUGGAGGCAGUGAGGGCGGACCUGAGGAGACCAGCCCCAUGGAGGACAGGGUCCCAGUGAUCUGUAUGUGAGGAGGAGGAGCAGAGGCCUCAGCUUCGUCUAGCUUCAGCCAGCGCCUGGGCCUGCCCACCUGAGGGGCCCCAGGGCCUCCCCAGCUGCUGGCCAGACCCUGGCGCUGCCACAGCUCCAGCGCUGCCCAUUUAGCCCUUUGGCUCCAGCCUUUGGACGGCCACUUACCCCACAGGCUCUGCUGCCCACACUGUGGCUGGACUGGACAGACGGCACAAGGCCUGGUGGGCACAGCCACUGCCCUGCCCAGACGAGCUGACACGGGCAGGGGCAGCUGGGCCACAGAGUUUAUUUUUGUAUUUUGUAUGGGGUCAGGCCUGAGCCUGCACACUCCAGCCCGAAGGGCCUGAGACCCCGCAAGCAGGCCCCAGUGGUCAUCUGCCCUGGGCUUGAGCUGGCUCUUGGAGCCCACCUAUACUCCCCACCUUGCCCAGUGGGCAGCGUGCACUGAGUGUCACUUUGCUGCAGCUUGUUUGUUUCCAAUAAAAGUUUAUGUGACUUACUGUG